AUGACGGCGCAACUAGCGGCGGCUCGGGGAGCGCGGCGAACACGGGGAGCGCGGGGAGCGCCGGAGGAAACGAGCAGGGCCCUCUGCACACUGCCACCUUCCGCUUCCCUCUAUUCCCCUGUCUGUCCCCCCACCCCCUGCUCACAGCCUCACAUUUCCUUGCUUCCCCGCUCCUGUUCCCCCGCGCCUUCUCACCCGCCUCUCUCCCCCACGCCCCCACCCUCCUCCUCGUACCUCCCCUGCCACAGCACCCCGCACCCCCCCUGGCGCAACAGCUCUCAUGUGCAGGAUGGGAGCGCAGUGGGGAGAGACCUGGCAGGGGGUUACUAUGUGGACGGGGGUGGAGUGAAGCAGACGGGGGUGACUGCCUUCGCUAUGAGCAUGCUGGCUUGGAGCAUUGUCGAGUUCGAUCCCGAGCUCGAAGCAACAGGGUUGAAGCAGCGGGCAGUAGACCUGCUCAAGUGGGGAGUGGACUGGCUGCUCAUGGCGGAUCUGGGCCGCGGCUGUGUCGUGGCGCAAGUGGGUGACUCUGCCGCCCAGAACCAGUGCUGGCAGCGGCCAGAGGACGACUCUGCCGCCCGGCCCGUGUACACUGUGGUGGGCGCGAACGGGCCGGGGGCGGCGGUUCUGGCUGACAUGGCUGCUGCCUUUGCUGCUGCCUCGCAUGUGUUUGGCGAGUUUGACCCCGGAUACGCCGCCUCGCUGAGAGACCACGCUACCAUGCUCUUUGAACUCGCCACCACCGCCACCUCCACCGAUGACGCUGCUCUACAAGGCACUCUCCCCUACCAGCCACCCCCAUCCUCCUCGCCUGACUUUCACGAUGAGCUGCUGUGGGCGGCGGCUUGGCUAUGGCGCACCACCAUGUCUGACCGCCUGCAUCAGUACCUGCUCAAGCCCCAGCAUGCGUCACUGCCCUAUUCGCUCGCCUUCACUCACGCCAACAAGGCAGCGGGGGCAGCGGUGCUGCUGGCGACGUUCGUUUUGGGACCCAUGGAGGAGGAGGACGAGGCCACCACACAGGCAUCUGGGGCUGACGUCAUCUUCAGAUUCCAGAAGCUCAUGGAAGCUUCCAUCUGUGCUUCCACAGCUGACGUGCCAUCCAGGACCAGUGCUGAGACUCUAGCCCAGAACAUGCCCAAAACGCAAGGAGGGCUGCUAUGGCUGGACGAGAAUGAGCCGCUGCAUGCAGCAGUGCAGGCAGCCUUUCUUCUCAACACUUACUCUCGCUUCCUCAAGCAAGGCGCAGAGGACGAGGGGCGGUGCUCUGGCGUGUCACCACAUGCCGUGUCAACACUCUCUCGCUCCCAGAUUGACUAUCUUCUAGGGUCUAAUCCGCAACAACUCAGCUACAUGGUGGGCUUUGAUGAGAAAUACCUCAAGUUUGUUCGCCAUCGAGGAGCGUCGAUUCCAUCCCUGGCAUCCGAUCCAACGGUGUACACAUGCUCAUCGGGUCAACAGUGGCUGCAAAGCAGCUCACCCAACCCCAACAUACUCUCAG